AUGCCAGAAGCCCCCAAGUCGCCUGGCCUCGAGCCAUCGACGACAGAGACCGCGACUAUCGCGCAACAUGACGAUCCCGACGCCACGUACAAGGCCAAGGCCGAGAUUCUCAACGACGCGAUCCAAACCAUCGGCAUGGGCCGCUACCAAUGGCAGCUCUUCGUGGUCAUCGGAUUCGGCUGGGCGAGCGACAACCUUUGGCCCAUCGUGACCUCCUUGAUUCUCCCCGCAGUCACAAACGAAUUCCACCCCUCGAAAGCGCCGCUGUUAACACUGGCGCAGAAUAUCGGGCUGUUGGUCGGGGCUGUGUUCUGGGGGUUCGGAUGCGAUGUCUUCGGUCGCCGAUGGGCGUUCAACCUGACAAUCGGAAUCACGGCCCUGUUCGGUCUGGUCGCGGCGGGAUCGCCUAAUUUCGCGGCUAUAUGUGCAUUUGCGGCCUUGUGGUCUGUUGGCGUCGGUGGGAACCUGCCUGUUGAUUCGGCUAUCUUUCUCGAGUUCUUGCCUGGAUCCCAUCAGUAUCUUCUGACGGUUUUGUCCAUUGACUGGGCUUUCGCCCAGGUUAUCGUCAAUCUGAUUGGUUGGCCACUGCUUGGGUACAGGACUUGUGAAUCUGCAGACGGUUGUACGAAGGCUGAUAACAUGGGAUGGCGAUACUUUAUGAUCGCGGUGGGCGGCCUCUCUAUACUCAUGUUUGUGAGCCGCUUUGUCUUUUUCAAGAUUUUUGAGUCACCCAAAUACCUCAUGGGGAAGGGGAAAAAUCAGCAGGCUGUGGAGGUCGUCCACGAGGUCGCUAGGAGAAAUGGAAAGACGUCCGAAUUGACUCAGGAUGAUCUUGAGACCUGGGACCAGGGUGAGAUACAGCAGCUCAGCGCGACAAACAUCGUCCGUCUGCGGCUAGAGAGUGUACGGUUCGAUCACGUCCGCGCCCUCUUCGACACCCCUAAGCGGGCAUGGUCUACCACUUUGGUCAUCCUAGUAUGGGCCUUUAUCGGUCUUGGCUUCCCACUAUACAACGCAUUCCUCCCUUUCAUUCAGCAAUCCCGUGGCGCCGAAUUCGGCGAUGGGUCGACAUACAUCACCUACCGGAACUCAUUGAUCAUAGCGGUGAUGGGAAUCCCAGGCUGUCUCCUCGGCGGAAUCCUAGUCGAAUUACCACGGUUCGGCCGGAAGGGCGCAUUGAGUGUUUCGACAGCCGUGACUGGAGCAUUCCUUCUAGCGUCAACAACAGCGACCACAUCCAACGCGCUGCUGGGCUGGAACUGCGCUUUCAAUUUCAUGAGCAGUCUCAUGUACGCCGUGCUGUACGCAUACACGCCUGAGAUCUUCCUGACCAAAGAUCGUGGCACGGGCAAUGCAUUGGCCGCGUCUGCGAAUCGGAUCUUCGGCAUCAUGGCUCCCAUUAUUGCCAUGUUCGCUGAUCUCACCACUCCCGUGCCUGUCUAUGUGAGCGGGGCGCUGUUUAUAACGGCAGGCAUACUUGUACUUCUUAUGCCGUAUGAGUCUCGUGGGAAGGCGAGCUUGUAA